AUGGCUUUCUUCUCUACGCUCUCGAGCUCCAUCGGCCGGAAGAUGCUCCUCUACGGGUUGCGCCACAUCGACAUACUGGACAAAGACCCUGCCGACUUCGUGAGCGUCGAUGUCGGGUGGCGCACUACACUCGAGGUUCGGGACGUCGGGUUGCACGUCAAGAAACUCCUAGCACUAUUACACCUCACGCUCCCUCCCGAGAUCCAGCUGUUGAAAGCGCAAGCCUCGCUCCUCCGGGUCACCUUCGUCCUCGAAUUCGGCGUCCCCCAGAUAUUGAUAGAGGUACAUGGCAUACGGGUAGAAGCUCGGUUGAUCGAGCAUGUCGAAGGUGCUCCCUCUUCAAAUACUCGCCGACAGCACACCCAGAAACGAUCCUCGCCACCUCCAACGGCCGCUUCGCCUUCCGCUGCCCCCAACAACCAGGACAACGAUGGUUCAGACAAUGACACCGAUGACGACGACUACGUGCCCACCGUAGACGAGCUGGCCAAUUCAUUCAUAAAGACGGAGCCUCUGGAAGAAAUUCGCGAGCUGCAGCGUGAGCUCGAGUCUCAACCUACGUAUAUGCACGAGUCGGUCGCAUCGAGUGACGAUGGCGAAGAGGCUUCUGCGUCAAGCAGCCAUGAAGCCACCAGCGAACCUGCGACGAGUCAAGUUCAAGACCAGCCUGUUGAGUCUAGGCACUCCAUACAAGAGGAAGUGAUAAGCUCGACAACAUUCCGGAGCGAUGAAGAGGCGUCAUCCAGCCAGAUCGUUUCGCCAACAGAAGUCCAGAGUGCCAUCUCUCGCGGAGAAGCUGCCUCACCCAAGCGUUCUUUAUCCCCGGACCAAGCACAGCUAGCGCUGUCGCCGCAAACAACAGACGAUGAUCGUUUUGCAGACGCUACUUCCGAUGACGGCGUGUAUGAUCAACAACUGCAGCCUUCACUCGGCCAGUCUCAGCAACAUCAUGCAUUCUCUGAUCUUGGCGAGGGUAGUUUAUCGUAUGAAGAGGACGUGCUCAACUUCGCGAUGCAGAAUGACAUGCUCAAUUCACAACUUGAGGAGGCUAGUUCCGCUCAUGCUGGACAUGUUCCCGGAGGCUGGGACUCUUCGUCAGACUCAAGUAAAGAAUAUAGUUCCGAUAGGUCGGAACCGAUACCAGAGGAUAUGAUCUCCGGUAGCAUUUUAGCGCCAUUGCCAGAAGCAGACGAUGGAUGCGAGACUCCACGUCCGGGGAGCCGCCAGAGCUCGGUCUUGCCGCCAAGACCAGAACUUACACAAACCCCUACGCCUGACGCGCCCGGUCCGCGAAAACAUGCCAAACGGUUUCUCACCAUAGAUGAGAUUACUGUGUGGUUCCCCAUGGCCCUCGGUGACAAAGAGCAUAAGGAUGCAACAAGCGAGCAAGCCGAUGAUGCGGCAGGCAUGGAGUUUAGUCCUUCCAAUCUGGGUGAAGAUUCUAUUUUCACGGAGAUGCCAGGAUCGUUCUCCAAUUAUGCACAUUCUUCUUCACACCGUCGAAAGCCCUCCCUGGAAGCAUCGUCUCGCGGACGACCUACUCCCGCAUCUCUUCAAACAUCUCGGCAAACAGCGGAGCCCACGACAACAGGCGUGGCUUCGAUCAUUGUCGAUGUCGGCUCCGUAGUCGGUCAUAUGGACAUAUCCACUGGCCGCAUCAUGGCCGCUAUGCUUGCUCGGGCAACACAAGCUCUGACGGGGGAACAUUCCUCAAGCGAAGAAACUGUGAAAUCGAAGCCCACGGAAAAUUUGGAAUCUUCUCCUAUCAGUCUUGAAGUUUCCGUGCAGAGCAUUGCUCUAUCGUGGCUGGAGCACGUGUCGGCGGAAUCUAAACAGGAAGGGCCGCUUUCAGAGCACCAACUGGAACUUCAACCUUCGGACGCAAUAUUGAGAGCCGAUUUCUCUGCUAUACACCUCACCAGUGGCAAGUCUUCCGGUAUUUUGCAAACUCAACUUCAUAUUGGCAAGUUCACAUUAGCAUCUUUGGAUCAAGACAUCAUUUCCUUCCGCAGCUCACGGCCGAAAUCCAGACGGUCGGCCAAUGUCCCGCUAGAACAACCCAAUCACGAUAUAGAACUGAAGUACGAGCAGGGGCAAGACGAUCGUAUCACCAUCGUCACCCGUCCCCUCAACAUUUUGUUUGACAUCCAGAAACUAGACGACGCGCUGGGCUCAUUUGGUGGGUUCAGCGGCAUAUUAGAGUUGAGCAACUCCAUCAACUCUAGUAGCGCAGUCGCAAGUCCGGUCAUAUCUCCAGCCCGUUCUCGGCCUCGCGGUGUACAUUUUGGUGAUGGUCUACCUCCCCCUGUCAAAGAAUCACCACCCACGAAGUCUCCGAAGAUCGACGUAAAACUCGGUGAGGUAUCUUUGGCCCUCAGGGGGAAGUCAUGUUCCAUGCAACUUCACACCACGACGGUGCGCAUUGCUGUACGGCAAAGCGAUGUGCGCCUCAAAGUUUCCGAGACACAGCUGACUGGCCCUUACACCGAGGUCGCCCCCAAGACUGCACCUUUUUUUGGAGAAUUGAAAGGCACUGAAAUCAACUUUCUCUUCGCUCCUGGCGAGCAGGAUCUCACUAGGCUAAUAUCCCUAAUCACGCCAUCAAAGAACCCGUACGAAAACAACGACGAUAUUCUCAUCGAAACCCUGCUACGUCAGCGAAAGAAAGGUUCCGUACUCCGAGUUGAAAUCGCUGAAAUCGGUGUUCAUGUUUCAGAUCUUGAACACAUGAAAGCCUUUGAGGCUCUGGGGAUAGAGCUGGCUCGAUUAUCCAAGGUCACCAAAUACUUGCCAGAUGAUGAUCGACCUGGCCUUCUAAGCCUCGCAUCUGUGAAACGGCUGGAUGCUCGCGUUACUGUGAAUGAGAAACUUGGAGAUGUCUCAGUCAUCUUGCAGGAAUCCGCGUUAGCACACGUCGGAGUUCCUGCUUUGCUUGCUGUCGAAGUAAGCAAAGCGACUGUUCGGCGCAACGAAGAAGUAUUGGUUCAUGAAGUUGUGGAGCUAGACCCAUCGGAAGAACUACCCGUCAUCAUGCUGAGGAUGGUGGGCGAUGAGAUGGAACCCAUGGUGAAAGUCAAGUUGUUCAACUUAUGCGUUGAAUACCGAGUCAGCACGAUUAUGGCAGCGCUGGGGAUUGCUGAGGAUGGCACGGUAGACGAUCUGGCUAUAGGCCUGGCCUCGAGCGUCGCAACCGUCACAGGCGCAUCCUCUCCUAAGACCAUCAGCCGACAAUCUUCCCAGGCGAGUUCGCCAGUCACAGCAGUCUCUCAGCCGCUUCAGGUCGAUCUUUUACUGAGGGAUUGCGCAAUUGGUCUCAAUCCUCGGAACUCACUCUCGAAGGGUCUCUUCGUCCUCACGGAAGCGCAUGUUACGGGUAAGCAAGCAAGAAACGACUAUUCUGUCACGGUCGACCUCCGCAAGGCUUCGAUGCAUGCUAUAGAUGACAUAGCGCGCCUAGAAGAAGACCACGGACCUGUCUCUACCAUACCCUCUGCCAACGGCCAAUUGAAUGGGCUGAAAAACUUGGGCUAUGUGUCUUUGAGUUCGAUUUCGGCCGCAAAGAUAUCUGUCAAUAUUGGAGGUGAUGGACAGGAACACCCACAGCUAGUGGACGUGGAGUUCAAAAAUGAGCUGUUUGUUAUCGAGUCAUGCGCAGAUUCUACACAGACGCUCAUGGCAAUUCUGAGCGGUCUACAGCCCCCAACGCCACCAUCAACCGCAGAACAGUAUCGUAUGGUACCGCUACAGCAAAUGGUGGAGUCAUUCACUGGCGAUGGACUGUUGCAAGAUGAAGAAGCCGAUGACUUCAUGAGCAAUGCUGACUUGAUGGAGGAUGAUCUGCCAAGGGAGCCUACCUUCGUUGGUGGAGUCUACAAUUCACAGCCCCUGCUGACUGAAGAAGAAAUGGGCGACAGUCUACUGGGUGAAGAAGAUCUCAGCGCUUUGGCCAUACCGCCUAUAACUCGCCAGCGUGGCGAUCGAGCUCUCCUUGAGAGCUUCCAGGAGAAGCACGAAGUCACUCAAGGAGAAGAAGCGUUUGAUUUUGACGACGACUACUUCGGAGAGUCAAAUAUUGAACCAAAGGGUAAAGCCCGUAAAUGGGAUUCUGCCAAGAACCAAUAUCAUCCAUCCAAUGAGUUCAAGGUUACAGGCGCUCCACUAAAGGUACGCGUCCGCGACGUCAACGUUAUCUGGAACUUAUACGACGGCUAUGACUGGCCUCGAACACGGAGCGUUAUCAGCAAAGCUGUGGAUGACGUUGAGGCUCGCGCCGAGGAGCGACGGCAUAAGGGACGAGAAGAAGAUGACGACGAUGACUUCGUUGAGCAAGACUUCCUCUUCAACUCGGUCUGGAUUGGUGUGGAUGUGAAGGACGAGAAAGGAGCUUUAGCCCGACGUAUCAACCAUGAUAUUGACGAUCUUGCCAGCGAGACGGGCAGUUAUGCGACAUCGACAGCGACACGCUCGACUGGAGCUACUCUACGACCUCGAAGUACUACCAAAUCCAGGCGUCGUCUCAAGCUCGAGCGUAGUAAACACAAAAAGAUUGCAUUCUCCCUCAGCGGGGUCGCAGUUGACCUUGUCGUCUUUCCGCCGGAUACAGGCGAGACAGUCAAUUCCGUUAAUGUCCGCGUACGAGAUCUAGAGGUUUUCGAUCACAUGCCCAGCUCUACCUGGAAGAAAUUUGUCACGUGCGCAAUCGAUCCAGCGAAGAGAGAGCUCAUUCGUCCGAUGAUAAAUCUUGAACUCAAUACGGUCAAGCCGAUCACUGAUCUAGCGGCUUCGGAGCUCGUCAUUAAAGUGUCUAUCCUUCCACUCCGCUUGCAUAUCGAUCAGGACGCUUUGGACUUUAUCACGCGUUUCUUUGAGUUCAAAGAUGAUUCCGCACCCGCUAGCAGCCCAGCUGGUGACCAGCCUUUCAUUCAGCGGUUGGAAGUGAUGGCGGUUAAGCUGAAGUUGGACUACAAGCCAAAGCGCGUGGACUAUCGCGGCCUCCGGUCCGGCCACACAACGGAGUUCAUGAAUUUUCUCGUCCUCGACGGCUCGGACAUUACCUUACGCCACGCAAUUCUGUACGGAAUUACAUCGUUCGACAAACUUCACAAGACUCUCAAUGACGUGUGGUCACCGGAUGUCAAGAACAAUCAGUUACCAGGCGUACUAUCGGGGCUGGCAGGCCUGCGACCUUUUGUGAAUGUCGGUUCCGGCCUCAAAGACCUCGUCGUUGUUCCAAUGCGCGAGUACAAGAAAGACGGUCGAAUUGUGCGCAGUCUGGGGAAGGGUGUACAAGCAUUCGCUAUGAACACAACGUCAGGGGCAGCACGUUUGGGUGCGAAGAUGGCGAUCGGCGCGCAAACUGUGCUGGAAGGCACUGAGGAGUUUCUUAACCCACAGACUGACUCAUCGAGCCGCCAUCAAUCUCUCGACUGGGAUGGAGAAGAUCCUAGUUCCGAUACAGAAGAGCCACGCGCCGUAUCGAACUACGCCAACCAGCCGAUCGGUGUGGGCGCUGGUCUUCGCAGCGCGGUCAGACACUUCGAACGCGACUGGAACACUGCUCGUGACGCGGUGAUCGCGAUUCCUGCAAACGUCAUGGAAGAGGGUAGCGGUACGGGUGUCGCAAGGGCCUUGCGUCGAUAUGGACCGACUGUCAUCUUGCGACCUGCGGUCGGUACCACGAAACUGGUGAGCAAUACGUUACUAGGCGUAGGCAACGCGCUUGAUCCCGAAUCGAGGCGUAAGAUUGAAGACAAAUACAAAUCUUACUAG